AUCACACACACAUGCAGACGCUAGCUCAGAACUGAGGGAGAAGGCCCAAUGAUCCUGCUUCCGGGAGUAACGACUUUUGCAAAGACAGGAAAGAGAAAGUAGAUCUUUGGGGGGGGGGGGCAGCAGGCGGUUUGGACGUCUCACGAGCCUGGCAGAGAAUUGCGCUCCGCCCUUUGAUUCUGUGCCCUCUGACAUGCCCUCUUUCCCCAAUGAUGGAGAGGAUCAAGGAACACCCUCCGUGAAUGUGCCAUCUGCGUUGCCCUAUCAGAAUGGCGGGAGGAGAAAGGUCCGCACUAAGAAGAAAAAGGGAACCAUUACAGCUAACGUGGCAGGAACCAAAUAUGAGAUAGUGCGUCUGGCGAUCAGCGAAAUGGCCUUUUUGAAAACCAGAGACGAGGACGAGACGGCGAACCUGAUCUGGAACGACUCCGCCGUGCAGCACGAGAAAAUCGCCGAGCUCAGGAAUUACCAGAGAAUUAACCAUUUCCCCGGAAUGGGCGAAAUCUGCCGGAAAGACUGCCUGGCGAGGAAUAUGGCAAAAAUGAUUAAAACCCAGCCUCAGGAGUACAGCUUUAUUCCCAAAACUUGGAUUUUUCCGGCCGAGUACACCCAGUUCCAGAACUACGUGAAGGAGCUGCGGAGGAAACGAAAGCAAAAGACGUUCAUCGUGAAACCGGCCAACGGGGCGAUGGGUCACGGGAUCUCUUUGAUCCGGAACUGCGAGAAGCUUCCGACCCAAGAUCACUUCAUCGUGCAGGAGUACCUGGACAAGCCGUUCCUACUCGAAGGCUACAAGUUCGACCUGAGGAUCUACAUCCUGGUGACGUCGUGCGACCCCCUGCGGAUCUUCCUCUACAACGACGGCCUCGUGCGCAUGGGAACGGAGAAGUACCACGCUCCCAACGAAUCCAACCUGAGUCAACUGUAUAUGCAUUUGACAAACUACUCCGUUAACAAACACAACGAGAACUUCGAAAGGGACGACACCGUCGACAAAGGCAGUAAGAGGUCCAUCGGCUGGUUCACCGAGUUUCUUCGCACCAACGAUUAUGACGUGGCCAAAUUCUGGGGCGAUGUCUCUGAGCUGGUGGUGAAGACCCUGAUCGUGGCCGAGCCGCACGUCCUGCAUGCCUAUCGCAUGUGCCGCCCAGGCCAGCCACCAGGGAGCGACAGCGUCUGCUUCGAAGUGCUGGGCUUUGACAUCAUUCUGGACCGUAAGCUCAAACCCUGGCUCUUAGAGAUCAAUCGAGCUCCGAGUUUUGGGACAGAUCAGAAAAUUGAUUAUGAUGUGAAGAAGGGCGUCCUACUCAACACUCUCAAGCUCCUCAACAUCAGAGCGAGCGACAAAAGGCGAAACCUGGCCCAGCAGAAGGCGGAGGCCCAACGUCGACUCUACGGCCAAGGUUCGAUGAAGAAACUCUCGGCCGGCUCCACCGAGUGGGAAAAACAGCGCCACACACUGGAGCGGAGGAAAGAGGAACUGAAAGAGAGACUGGCCCAGGUUCGCAAGCAGAUCUCUCGGGAGGAGCAUGAAAAGAGACAUCUGGGGAACUACAGACGUAUUUACCCCCCAGAUGACAAGCUGCUCUUGGAGAAGUAUGAAAGCCUCCUCUCGGCUGCCUUUCAGACGUUCCUCGCCGGGCGCGCGGCCUCACUUCAAAAGGAAAUGAAUAAUCCUCUGAAACGAAUGAAGGAAGAAGAUAUCUUAGACCUGCUGGAACAGUGCGAGCUGGAUGAUGAGAAGCUGACGGGCAAAUCCUCCAGGCCGAGAGGUCCUAAGACCCUGUCCUCCAUGCCUGAGAGCACCCAGACACACAGGAAACACAGGGACUACGACAGCAGCUCUGGCAGUUGCCACGACAGCAGCUCCUCAGACUCGGAGGGUGACGAGGACAAAAACGACCUCCAGGAGAAGAAGUCGUCCUACGAGCUGAGCGACAGCAAGCUGAAGUCGACGGAGCGCUCCGGUCGGGUACACUGGAAACCUCCACCCAAACCGGUGAGAGCGGGUCCCGCUGCUUCCCCCACCCUCUCUGGACCCAUUCGCCGCUCCAUCUCCUGCCCUCGCUCCAUCUCUUCGCUGACCGCACAGUCACCCACGGCAAAGCCUCCUACCCCGGCAACCGUCGCCCCAGCGACGGCCCCGGCAACCGCUCUGGCACGUCCGCACACCGCCUCCCGCUCCCAUUCGUUGAGUCGCAACAGCUCCGCCCACAGGGUCCCUCACAGCAGCAGCCUGGGUACCAUCCACUCCAACAUGGGAGAGUCCCACCUGACCCUCCGCACUAAAGAACAGGAGACGGAGCUGACACGUCACACCCUGGCCGCCCUGGGCGAGAUGAGGAUCCGUUUCCCGGGGAAGAGCGAGGAGGAGGCUGAGGCCCUGCUGGAUGAAAUUCUCAACAACUGGAAGUACCAUAAACCUAAAGUGGCCUCUUAUUGGUUGGUCAAAUUAGACGCUACCAAACAAAGGAAGGUUUUGGACAUUGUUCGCACCAACGUGCGCUCCGUGCUGCAGAGGAUCUGGAAGGAGCCUGAAGUGGAGAGCUUACGUCUGUACCGCCUUUUCAGCCGUGUCUUUAACAGACUCCUGUGGAGUCACGGCCAGGGACUGUGGAACUGUUUCUCCAGCUGCGGGUCUUCAUGGGAAAGCGUCUUCAGUAAAACCAGUGAAGUGCUGACGCCUCUGGAACUCCAGUGCUGCCAGAGACUAGUUCAGCUUUGCAGAGACUGUCUGCUCGUCGUCUACAAGUUCGUGUCUGACUCCAGGGGCUCCAUGACUGGUCUCAGCCCCGAAUGGGACGACACCAGGUAUCUUCUGCCAGUAACCACCCAGUUCAUCAUCAAGUGGCCUUCCUCCAGCUUCGGGCGCGUGGCCUCCGCCAGCCCGCGCUCUCGCAGCCUCUUCACCGCCCGCAUGGGCCACUUCUGAGCCGACCGGACCAACUGCCACAAAGGGGCCGCGGACCUGUUCCGGACCCCCGGGAGUUACACCGACUCCUGCAGCAUAUGGGAGGGAUUUGCUAGCCCUCUUGGAGUUGUA